CGCCAACGUCGACGCCAACGUAGCCAGUAUCCGCGCCAGCAAUAGUGGUUUGUUUGGACAUUUGGUUAUGGGAUUGCAGCAGUUGAAGUCGGCGAUCGUUGGGCCGUCUGUUGCAAGCUUUUGUGCGCCGCUUGACUUCCAAACGGUUUUCAAUGAAAUCAAUUUUUUAGUUGCGUUGUUGUCACCGUUUGGAGCAGUUCACUUGUGAAUCACUCUAAUAGUUGUAAACGUUUUUGGUUGCCAUAUAUUAGCUGCAGUGCCAUUGAACUGUUUGUGCGGUUCACUUGAAAGUUCAUAUGCAAAUGGGCAGUAGGCUGUUUUGUUUUUCAUUGCAUAAAAUUGGAACUAAAACAAGUGAGAGUGUUCUUUUUUCCUUUGAACGAAAGUGGACCCGCGAAUGCAUUGACAUUUGGAAAAUUAACAUAAAUUAGCAUUAAUUGAAAGGCGCAACGGUAAAAAGUAUUUAAAACGGUGGAAAUCAGCGGCGAUUUUUAUUGGAGAAAAUUUUUUAUUGGUAGGAUUGUUACAGUGAUUGCAAAGACUCAUAAUGAUGUCCAAAAAUUCCUUGGUACAAACGGCCCGCUUAUUGCGUCAUGGCAUACAGCAACGCUCUGCAUCAACUCUGCUUUCGAAAGCCUCGCCGGCUGUGAUGCCGGAAAUUCAAUGCGAAAUGCCUGAAUGCGACUAUCAAUCGCCGCAAUAUAGCGGACCAAGCUAUGAAAAAGUAUUGGAGAUACGUCAAAAGCACAUUACGCCAAACAUAGUGCCGCAUUUCAAGAAACCUCUCUUGAUACAUAACGGACACAUGCAGUGGUUGUUCGAUCACGAGGGUCGACGUUACUUGGAUAUGUUUGGCGGUAUUGUAACUGUGUCAGUGGGACAUUGUCAUCCCAAAGUGAAUCGGGCUUUGGAGAAACAGAUCAACACACUCUGGCACACAACUAAUAUUUACCUACAUCCGAAGAUACACGAGUACGCCGAACGCUUGACGGCCAAGUUUCCUGGCGAACUGAAGGCUGUGUGUUUUGUUAACUCCGGCUCUGAGGCGAACGAUCUCGCUAUGCUCAUGGCGCGCUUACACACAGGCAAUCAGGACAUCAUCACCUUCCGUAAUGCCUAUCAUGGCAUGUCACCUUAUACGAUGGGACUGACGGCCCUCUCUACUUGGCGGUUUCCACUGCCUGGCGUCAGUAAUGGCAUUCAUCAUGUUAUGAAUCCCGAUCCCUAUCUCGGCCUUUGGGGUGGUGCAGCAUGUCGUGAUUCGCCCAUACAAACGGAUCGUAAGUGUGAUUGCACAUCGGAAAGUGGUUGUAUGGCUGGCGCCAGGUAUUAUGAUCAAUUAGAAGAAGUAUUCAAAUACUCGCUGCCACGUGGACGUGUCGCCGCCAUGUUUGCCGAAUCUAUACAAGGUGUAGGCGGCACUGUGCAAUAUCCCAAGGGAUACAUCAAGAAAGCGGCUGAAUUGGUGCGCGCAAAUGGCGGUGUCUUCAUCGCCGACGAGGUGCAAAGCGGUUUCGGACGCACCGGCGAACAUUUCUGGGGCUUCGAGGGACACGAUUUCAUACCAGAUAUUGUUACAAUGGCGAAGGGCAUCGGCAACGGCUUUCCGCUAGCCGCUGUCGUCACUACACCCAAGAUUGCCGCUUCACUGGGGCAAGCGUUGCAUUUCAACACCUACGGCGGCAAUCCGAUGGCCAGUGCUGUAGGUAUCUCAGUGUUGGAAGUCAUUGAGGGGGAGCAGUUGCAGAAAAAUUCUUUGGAAGUGGGCACUUACUUCCUUAAAAGCUUGGCGAAGCUACGUGAACGUUUUGAGAUUAUUGGUGAUGUGCGCGGCAAAGGUUUAAUGAUCGGCGUUGAAAUGGUCUCGGAUCGUGCGGCAAGAACACCACUGAGCGCGCCACAUGUUGCGGAAAUUUGGGAGACCUGCAAGGAUAUGGGUGUACUCUUCGGACGUGGCGGUCUAAAUGGCAAUGUCUUGCGCAUAAAACCACCAAUGUGUGUUACGAAAACGGAUGUUAAAUUCGCUGUGGAUACCUUGGCCAACGCUAUAAACGAAGUUUUGAAUAGAAAGCAGUAGAAGAGGGGGCUAAAAUUCCAAAAUCACUGCAUAUUUUCUAAUAACUUUUUUAAUUUAUGGGUUAUUAUUUUUUUUGUUGCUAGCUAGCUGCUGCUAGUUAAAAAAUGUGUUUCAUUAAGCAAAUGACGUCACAAGUAAUAAGAAAAGUCUGUUUUAUAUUUCUACAUCUAGUUCUAUAGUGCAAAUGUUUUGUCGUUUUUGAAAAUUUCCUAAAAGUAGGAAAAAAUGUAUUUUUGGUUACGGGAAAUGUGGUGGUUGUACAUUGCAGAAGCAUUCUUGGUGUGUUGCCUACAUUUAGGAGUUAAUUUUAUUUUCAAAUAAUGUUCCAAGACUUUUAAAAUAUUUUAUUA